AUGCUGGCGGAAAACAACGACAGACUUGUUAAGGCAACAUGGGUAGUAAGUCGGGUCUGCAAGAGCAUGUAUGAGACUUAAAUAAGAAGCAUAUAUACUUUAUGACAGGAUAGAGUUACGGUAGACGAGGAAUUCUCUAAGAGAGCUAGUAGAACAAGAGAUGAUAACUUGAGAGACCUUAUUAUAGAGUAUAAAGAACGAAUCGCUAACCUAAAAGCUGCGGAACAAAGAGCUACGGACGUAUACCGUUCGGUCGGACGUGGAGAAGUGGCUGCCGGAAACAUACAAUUCUAA